AUGAGAGCCUAUGCAGGUGGGAUGAGAUUAAAAGGGUUAACAAUUGUUCAAAUGAAAAGUGGCCUUAACCUUACCGCGGUAUUGACGACGCUUGAAGAACGGCCAAUAUACAUGGCAAUAAAUGGAAUGGUCUGGGGCGCGGGGACCAUCCUUGGACCUAUCGUUGGCGGCGCAUUUGUUCAGAGCUCUGCCACCUGGCGCUGGGUAUGCCCCCCUAUAUUAAAUACUUACCCAUCAGAUGCGAUUCCUGACCCCGAGUCCUGGGCAUUUUAUAUCAACCUCGUCAUCGGAGCUGUCUUCGCCCCCGUUUACCUCUUCAUCGUCCCUGGGUUCCAGCCAGAUCCUGCUUUCGCAGCCAUCUACGCAACGUGGAUCAUCGCGCUCACCUUCGGUGGUGCCACCUGGGAUUGGGGUGACGGACGAACUAUUGCAGUCUUCGUCGUCUUCGGGGUAACUCUUAUUGCCUUUUGCUUGACACAGUACUUCUGUGUCCUAACCAACAAAGAUAUGCGAAUCUUCCCCGGGGAGCUGCUGGAGAAGCGAACCACAGUUUUAUUGCAUAUUUUGACCGGGUCCUGUGGAGCCGCCAUGUUCGUUCCUCUGUAUCACAUCCCUCUCUUCUUCCAAUUCAGAGGGGACGAUGCGGUUAAGGCUGCUGUUCGAUUACUGCCCUUUGUUUUCCUCCUCGUCUUUUUCAUGCUCCUCAACCGGGCGUUGAUGCCCAAACUCGGGUAUUACACGCCCUGGUACCUAUUCAGUGGAAUCACCAUCGUCAUUGGUGGAGCUUUGAUGUCGACAGUGGAAUCGACGACCUCGACGUCCGCGAUUUACGGGUACAGCGUUCUAAUUGCGAUCGGAGCCGAAGCUACGUCACAAGCUGGAUAUUCCAUUGCUCCAGCUAAGGUUGAGGGUUGUCUUAUCCCCAGCGCCAUUGCCUUUGUGAACAUUGCACAGAUUGGUGCCAUCGUUGUUGCCUUGACCCUUUCUGGGACGCUUUUGCAGAAUCUUACCUAUAAUCGAUUGGUUGGACCUCUGGGUGCUGCCGGUCUCGAUUCCAAGGAGAUUCGCUCGACCCUCUCGGGCUCACUGAGUCCCGUUUACGCGCACUUGUCUGAGGAUCUGAGGGAAGUAGUCAAUCUAGCAAUUGUUUACUCUAUUGGCCAGUUGUACUAUUUGGUUGUGGCGGCGGGAGCUCUGAUGAUCGUUUGCUGCGCUUUGCUGAAGCGUGAGAAGAUCUACAUGACUCUGGAAGCCGGGGGAUAA